AUAAAAUACCAUGAAGAGUUCGAGAGGAGCAGGAUGGGCCCGAGUCCCAGCGAGGGCGCUGAGCUGGAGCGCAGGAACUCCCAGGAGAGCACCGGUUACCGGAGACCCGCAGACCAGCAGCUGUCUCACCACAUCCAACCCAGUAACCCAGUCUACCAGCAGCAGCCGCCGUCAUCUCCGUCCUACGGGCAUGGGGAGGGUCUGUGCCCGCUGACCCCUCUCUCCCCGCAGAAGCGUUUCCGCGCUGUCUACGACUACAACGCGGCUGAUGAAGACGAAGUCUCCUUCCAGGAUGGCGACACCAUCAUCAACGUGCAGCAGAUCGACGACGGGUGGAUGUACGGCACGGUGGAGCGCACGGGUGACACGGGCAUGCUCCCCGCCAACUACGUGGAGGCCAUCUGA